UCCAGUAUGGCUGCGCCUAUGAAAGACCACGAGAAGGCCGGGUUUGUGAGUCUAGCCGAUACUUAAGCUGUUGAAUACAAUGUAGCUUGCCAACAGUAGUAGGUACUGCCACUACGUCGACCAAAUUUGCUUGAGAUAUACGACGAUGUUGAAAUAGGUGAGACCUAGCUAACACCCUGCUGUUUUCUUGAAAGUCAGGAGCCUGAGAUGUACCUGUAGCGAGUAAAUCAGAGGAUGAUUAGACUAUUUUGCUCAUAUGAAUUGGAACUUAGUAACACAAUUAUGCAGAACCAACGAUACUGGAAACUACCCUGGAAGACUUGUAGCAGGUACAUAGUCAGUGGCCUCCCUUUUAGAAACUAUUCUGUUUGUUCACCAAGAAUGAGCAGUCCAUUAAUACAACUAGCCAGAUGUACUCAUUCACAAGUAUGGUGUAGACCAGCUGACAAUGUGUGGACAGCCAUCUCCAGAUACCUACAUCCACCAGCAGUAACAGCAUUGUGUAUGUCACAAACUCGUUCUUCUGUGCCUCUCAAACAGAAACAACUGAAUAAUUUGCGGCCAUAUCAUUCCGACUCCAAAGAGCCAAAAUCGGCUUUUGAAAAUAAGACAACCCAGCAAUUGGUAGCCAGUUGUGCCGAGUCUGUCUACCAGACGUUGGUUAAGAAAGAUCCAUGGCUAUACCCUUACUCUAGAACAGUUGCCUUUUCAAAAAGUCGAAACAGCAGAACACCGAAACCAAGAUUGAAUUCACCAGAGCUGGAAGACCUGAUCAAUCAAGCCAUCACAACUGAUUCAGUGGAGCACAUGAGUGUAGAGGAGAUGUGUUCUGUGUUCCGUGAUUUGACUCAUGCUGGCUUGGAGGCCACGCAUCCUCUGAUGACAUGCCUCUUUCUACAGUUGCAGAGUAAGCAAAAAAGUUUAGAUUUUGUGUCGCUUGGACAAUUUCUAUCAGCCGUUGAGAAUUACAACAGCAGUCACAUCAUAAUUGAAAAGGAAAUUCUUCCCCAACUUGGAUAUCUAUUGCAGAAUGGCUGUGUGAAGUUAGAAAAAGAUCCCAAAUUGUUUCUUGAUGUUUUGUGUCAUUUUUCUUCCUGUGGUCUACUGCAGCAGAUAGACAGUGACUUAAUAUCAAACUUAUUGCUUCAAAUAUUAUCACUAUGUAGGGAUCAUAGAUCCAUUGUUAGUGACCUUGACCUUGUUGUCCAAGUGUUUCAAUUGGUGUCAGUGUUUAUGUUGGGAGAUCACCGAUUGGCCUUCAUUGAGCCCAACAUUCAAGACAUAAGUGGGAUAAUUUUGAAACAUAUAACAGAUGUUAUGUCAGCAAACAUUCAACAACUAAACCUCCACCAGCUCUGUGCUAUCACAGCAAUGUCUGCCGAAGAACAUAUGGAGUUCUUGUCAAAACCUUUUUUGGAGAAGGUCCAAUCUAGGAUGGAAUCCAUAAUAUUUGAAAUGCAAGAUUUUUCAAUGUACAAUAUCUUGGAGCUUCAACAACUUGCAAACCUCUCAUGGAUGAAACUUUCAGCAAAAUGCAAAGACAAAAUCCUCCGUUUGACUUGGGGAUGUCUGCAGAAUCCUGUAGCCCAGUCGUUACCUCUAGAAAUGGUCAUCUUCUUAAAACGUUCCAGAGCAAUCUCGGACUUGCUUUGUGACAGAGAUAUUUCUGUGACUGCCAAAGAAUCAUUAAACAGAGCAUUUUUUGAUUUUGAUAUAAUGCCCCACCUUAAAACCGAUGAUUUUGUUGAGCUGUACGACACCACAUCUCUGUAUUUCUCUUCAACAGGAAGCAAAGAUGACUUUGGCCUGCAGUGUCUAUCUGAAGUAUUAAGCAGCUCUUUAUUAGACAUGACAGAUAGACUGCAACGUCUUCACUUUGUAGUACUUGUAAAACACCAAAUGAAUACAACACCUCUAACAGGUAUAUUUAAUGAGAAAUUAGCCCAUUGUUAUAACCUUAAUGAGCUUAAAAAACUUAUUAACACGAUAGCCUCUGCCUAUGUAGACACAUAUUACCACAACCUUGUACAUGCUUUUACCCGAGUAUUUCGCACAACAGGAAGGGAAAGGACAGAAGACCGAAAUGACAUUCGUCAGUUUUUUCUCUUGGGCUACGACAUAAAGACGAGCAGCCGUGUGAAACUGUGUGGAUUACCUAGCUGGCGACUACAACAACAGUUCCGUGACUUGUUCAGACCGUGCAUGCAUGUACCUACAGAUGAUUUAAGGAAUGAUAUUCUCUAUGGUCUCACCUUUCUGUGUGACGGACACUUGGAUCCACAUGAAUUUGAGAUGGCCUGUUGGCUAGCCCUAUCUCUUUCCCCUAGUUCUUAUUCACAAUUCCAGUGCAACCUUCUGGAGUAUGCUAUCAAACACCAAACCAAUAUGAAAAUAAGUAAUUUCAUAGACCUUCUUCAGAUCUCAUUGAAAAUUGGACCACAAGGUACACAGCAAAGAUUACUUCAAGCAGCAAAUAAUAGUUUGAACCAAUUGACAAUAGAUGCCGUUGAACCCCCCGUCUUGGUUCAGAUGCUAUGCAGUAUGUCUGAUUUGAUGGAUUUUCCACAAAACUAUAUCACAAAAGUGUUUCGGGCUCCCUACAUCAACAAAGUGAUGGACUUACUGCACAGUCCAGAUCUGUCUUACAAUCAGUCUCAAUCACUGUUAAACAACAUUGUCGAGUUGAACAGAAAGGUGUGCCUGCUGUGUCCAGACUAUGCUGUUCCCUAUCAGCGGAGGUUGAUAGAAGCUCACCCUGAACCAGCAGGUGGAUCUUAUGAUGCCCAGCUGAUCCACUAUCUGAUACAAAAGCAAAGCAUGCAGGAUACUUUAACUUCUGAAUUAGGAGGACCUGAGUUCGUUCGCACCAAUUACAUCACCUCGGAUGGCAUUCACAUAGACAUGGUGGCAUAUUUCAAUGAAGAUUGUAAUGUAGUGAAAUAUUCUGAACUUGACCACAUGAGAAAGGCUGGCAAAUAUUACACAAAACUUGCAGUUAUUUUUCUUCACAAGGAUCAAUAUCUUCUGCGCCGAGAACUCCCCUCCAUUCAAUUUGAAAGUAGACAAAUUAAGGCUUCGCUCCGAGUUAAAGGCUACAAAGUUAUCUGGGUAUCCUGCUGGAAAAAAGAGAAAUACUAUGUGUUGGUCAAAAGGGCAAAGAGACUCUUGGGUAAAGUUUAUAGAGAAUUGGAAAUUGAUAAAGGAGAGAUGGCAAACCAAGAUGGUGUUUCCUAGAAAAUGCUGCAAACAGGAAUGGUGUUUCCCCAGAAAAUGCUGCAAACAAAGAUGGUUUCCCAAGAAGAUGCCGCAGAUAGAAACACUGUUUCCUCAGAAUAUGCUGCAAAUACAGAUGGUGUUUCUUAGAAGAUGACAUAAACAGAGACACUGUUUCCCUAGAAGAUGCCGCAAAUAGAAAUGGUGUUUCUUAGAAGAUGCCGCAUACAGAGAUGGUGUCUCUUAGAAGAUGCCGCAUACAGAGAUGGUGUCUCUUAGAAGAUGCCGCAUACAGAGAUGGUGUCUCUUAGAAGAUGCCGCAGAUGUUUCCCUAGAAGACUAGAAGAUGACAUAAACAAAGAUGGUGUUUCCCUAGAAAAUGCUGCAAACAGAGAUGGUGUUUCCCCAGAAGAUGCCACAGAGACGCUGUUUCCCCAGAAGAUGCCACAAAUAGAGAUGGUGUUUCCGAAGAAAUGCGAUAAAUAGAGACACUGUUAUCGAAGAAGAUGCCACAAACAGGGACAAUGUUUCCCCAGAAAAUGCCGCAAACAGAGAUGCUGUUUCCCCAGAAGAUGCGACAAAUAGGGAUACUGUUUCCCAGAAAAUGCUGCAAACGGAGAUGGUGUUUCCACAAGAUGCCACAGAGACGAUGUUUCCCCAGAAGAUGCCACAAACAGAUGGUGUUUCCCCACAAGAUGCCACAAAUAGAGAUGGUGUUUCCUCGGGAUAUGUGGAAAACAGAGAUAGUAAUUCCUGAGGAAGUUGGUGUUUGUAAACAGAAACAGUGUUUCUUUCAUAGAUGUUGAAAAGGUGGCAAAGAGGGAUAGUAUUUGCCCUGAAGAUAUAGAGGCAAACAGAGGUGGUUUUGCCUAUGAUGUGUACAUCUAGUGUACUGUUUUGGAAUAGGUUUUAAAGCGAAAUAUAAUAAAAAGCAAAAUAAAGCCCCAAACAUGCUGUAACAAUUGCCACCCAUUUAAACGGAUGGGAUGAAGCCCAUGGGAAAUUUCCAUAGUGGUCUGCUCUGAAUAAAAAUGUGAUCAAAGUCAACUUGUUUUCAUUUCAAUAUAUAUGUUUUCUUCAAAGGGACCUACUUAAUUCAGGAUACCUAAAGACUGCAGAAUGAGGUCAACUAGUUCUGAUUUCCCCUUUCCUUUGCAGUGAACAUUUUGAACAUGAAGAAAUCAUAUUUGUCUACAUAAUAUUAUUGUGUAUUAUUAUAAAGGUAUUUUUCAUAACCAACAUGUUUUGAAUAAUUAUAAAAUGAAAAAGAGU